ACUGGGCCAUCGACGACAACAAAUUUCCGAUACAUACUCUUCCACCGAGCAAUACUUAGUAACUUCAAGUUCGAUUAUUAUCACGAGAAAAGGUUUUACAGACGAAAAAUCGAGUUAUAGAGUCCUCGCGCUUCGAGUUGCGGAGGUUUUCACAGAAGAGUGGAAACGAGCGAAGAAACUCGACGAGUUACAGGAAUUUUCGUGUUAGAGGCUCGACCGUAUUAUCGCGGGGCAUAAAUUUUCGUGCCGGUUGAAAUCUCGGCUUUAUUUACGAACCAUCGACGCCACUAGACCUUUCACUUAAAGCGUCCACUCGAAAUUGUUUCUGCUUUUCAGUCACGAUACCGUUUAUCGCCUAGCCCGGCGAGCGCAUUAUAUUAUCUCUUUAUAGUUCCUGUUAAUUGACCAUGGAAUUGCCCCUUAUUAAAACCUCGUGGAUGUAAUCCGAUAACCGGGCUCGCUUUGCGCUAUUUUUCACCGGUGGUUCGAUGAACCGUGCAGCCCCUCGCGCGAUCCCCUCUGCCUUGACAAAGUGAAAUUUCGCUUAACGCCGGUGAUCGAAAUUCGAACCGCGACGCGGGACAACGAGAUCGUACCAGAUUAAUGAACCGCGGACGGUGUAUUCUCGUUUAGAAAAAAAAAGAGAGAAAAACGAUCGGCUACAACAGUGAGUUACGAUAGAAAUCCGGUAUCGCAACGAACGUUUCCGUUGAAACUUCUGCUCUAACGACUUUCGUGCGAUUGCUAUAAAUCCGUAGAAAUCGUGCAGCGAUUCAGCAACGUUCCAUGAAUAUUUAUGAAACGGCUAACACUCCGACGACCCGAGAAACAAGACUCCUCUAAUCGGCGAAAGAAAAGAAUCGAAAGAAUCCAGCGGCGAACACCGCGCCGGGAGAUUUCGCGUUCCCCAAAAAUGGCGGUGCGUCGAGCGUGCCACCGAGGCGGACCCGUGUGACCGCGGUUCCUUCGUGUUUCCAGUGAGACCCCGGUGUGUUGCGUGAGGUUCACGGACCGAUCGAACGAACCGUCUUCCACGAAGACGAGAAUCCUCGGAGGAAGGACUGGCCAGAGUCCGAUACGCGGGUGCAUCGCGUGAAAGACGUGAAGGAGCGUGUUGGUUGCGAUUCGUCACGUUUUGAUGGUUCUACGGUGGUGCAACGUUGGCAACGUGUAUCGUGCAGUUUCGAUUUUUCGAUCGGCCGGUGUACCGUGGCGGCGUCGCGUUUCCCGCCGCCUCGAAAUAAUAAACACGGGACGAGCCUUGGGCGGCGGGACGAGGGGAGGCCGAAGAAAUCGGUGUCGUAAUCGUUCGAGGGCGGAGAAAGUAUCGUCCAAGAUCUUCUCAGCGAUCCGAGAUAGUUUCGAAGGAGGCGCGUGCACGGAGAACGGUAUCGCGGCCCGCUCGGCGGAUCGAAUCUCUGAGAAAGUGACUAAAACCAGUCGCUAGAAACGAGACUGCCGCGCGUCGAGUUUAUCCAUUGGACACAGUGCCGGAGGCUCGCGAAAAACGGAAUCGACGGAACGAAAAGUCGGCGAUCAUCGCGAACGGAAACGCGUCGUGUUCUCGAGGGGAAAGAAUACAAAAGGGGCCCGGAUAGAUCCGCCCGGAGCUGUGUACGGCUGAUAUAACAUCAUUAACUUUCGAAGCCGCGAGACAACGUUGCAAUGUGAAUCGGAUUCCCUGGACGCGGAACCAACCGGGGAAGAUGAUUCCACGCUGAAACGCGGCACAUCGUCGCGAAUCGCGCUUAACGUCGUUUUCCAUGCGGCAAGCCGAGUGCCGAAUCGGUUUUUGUCGAAGGAGGAUCCUGGCUGGCCGCAGGGCGGAGGGAAGGAAAGCGACCACGGUAGCGGGAGCAGCAGAAGCACAGGAGAAAAGGGAGGAGAAGGGCGAUGAAGAAGAAGGAGGAGGAACGGCGCGGCCACGGCACGUCGAAAAAGGAAAGCCACGUUGAUUCGCGACUGGAAGGCCUCGGUGUUGCACCUUAAGAUCGCAGAAACGCGCAAGCGUGCUCGCCCGCUCGCUGGAGAACCGGGAUCGAGAGAGGAACGAGCGCCGAUACGAGCGGAUGAGAGAGAGAGACGGCUGGAGAACCAGUGCGGAGAGUGCUCGCGAGGUCUCUCUCGCGUUAGAAGGACUCCGGGAGGACGCGUGGCUCGCUCGAAGGGCCGGAAUCGAGUCCCCGAUCCGCGAGGAAUCCUCCUUCGGCCGACUCCUCUUUCGGAUUCGAUCCCACCGGCCGAUAACUCGUCGGAUGUCCGAAUAAUACGGGGGAAUCGGUUCGAAAUUUAUUGCAACGAAUGUACCGCGGCGCGGUCGGCUCCGACGAGAUACAGGAUCGUUGUCUUCGGUGAAACAAUCGGGACGACCGGUCUCCAACGAAUUUACCGAAAGCGGAAACCGAUCGAUCUCCGGUACGACGUCGCCUGAGGAAUUCGAGGUUCUCGUUUCCGUUCGGUCGCCGAGGCUCGCCGCACACAUGAGAUCUCCGUAUUCGAAGAAAAAGUCCCGGAGACGCGCGAACGGCUCUCCGAAUGGCAGAAACGCGGUGACGCGAGCGGAAGGACACGUCUGAGCGACGAAGGGCCGAACCCAUGAGGCCAUUGUCCUUCGAGAACUUGAGGAGGCUCGUGGGCCGCAAGAAGGACCGUAACGAGCCGUCCUUCAAGCGCAGCGAGUCCUUCAAGCGGAUAUCCAUCAGGAAGAGCUACCUGGACCGAGGCAAGCGGCGCAACAAGCUUCAGAAGAGCCUGGAGCCGACGGUGCCGCUCGCGGUCGAUCCGAACUCGAACAACGAGAAGCCGCUCGAGAGGACGAUCAUCAAGGAGGAUAUCAUUAAAAAGGAGCCGAAGAGCAUCGCGGCGAAGGACGAUGUCUCGAUAAAGGAGCAGCUGAAACCGAAGAAGCUGCAGGACGAUACUCUGAGCCGCGAGUCGAUCAGCUACGACGAAUGGCUGCAGGGCGUCAGCUCGUCAUCGCGGGAGAAGCUCGACGAAGAUCAGCCGCAGAUCAAGUCGCAGCAGCAGCAGCAGCAGCAGCAACAGGGGAGGAACAAGAACAGCAGGCUCUCGGCGAACUCUCAGAAGUCGAGCGAGGCGGCCGACCACGUGGCCGAGGAUCUGAAGGUCCUCGAGCUGGAAGCGUCGCCCGUCUUGCCCUCGAAACCGUUCCGCGCCUCGAACGAGGCUGUCCAGGAGAAAGGCGGCGAGCAAGAGAUUCUGCAGGCGCAGGAGCCCUCGGUCGAAGGACCCCCCAGCGUCAGCAUCAGCCUAGGCAGGAUCUGGAGGGACGCGGUGCCGGUCCCUUACCCUUCCCCCUCCGGCCCGUCGGUCCACCAUUCGCUGGACAGCGCUCUCAAGGAGAGGAAACCUCAGCCCACGGUCGCCAGGACCGUUUCCGCGCCGGAGAAGACCGUCGCCGGCAAGGAUGUCUCGUCCGCUUUCGGCUUCUCCCUCAGGAUCGCCAAGCUGGCCGACUUUCGUGCAGGGGGCACGAGGAACGGCUUCUUCAAUCGUCGAGCGCAGAAGCCGGCGCCGAGCGUCAGCGCGGACGGCUACUUCAAGCGGACGAACGCCUCGAGGCGGUCGAGCUCUCGGCGCCGCGGGAAGCGGACCUCGCAGAGGACGAAGAAGACGCAGAAGCAGCAGCAGCAGCAACAGCAGCAGCAUCAGCAGCCGACUCGUUCGAACAGCCCGGUGUGGUUCGUACCGCCGGAGAGGCGGCGAUCGCGUCGUCAGCGACGAGUCUGGCGGGAGAUCAGGUACUUCCCGGAGACGGAGGACCCGGUGAUCGAGAGGAUCGACGACUGGUCGUCGAACCUCUCCGACGACCAGUUCGACGAUCUGAAGCUCCUGCUUUCCGGGGACUUCAACGACAGGCGGGACGAGGGCGCGCUGAACUCGCUGGUCUCGUCCUCCGUGGGCUCGUUCUCGGCCACGUCCUCGUCGUCGUCGGCGACGGCGACCGCCUGCACCGCGCCGAAGAUCAGCGACUUCAACGAGGACAAACUCUUCUCCGAGGAGCUGCGCACCAGCGGGCUGCUCGCGCGACGUACCACCUGGCAACCGGCCACGUCCAACUACUUCGCCAGCAACCAGUUUCUCAGCUUCUUGUCCAAGGGACAGGGCAAUCUUAUCGGCAAAGAGAAGAAGUCGCGCACGGAAGCGACGUACUACAGGUGUCUGUCGUCGACUGAUACCGAUACCGAGACCGAGGACGAGCCCAGUCGCCUCGGCGCGGAGCGGAGGAAGAGUUCGCACGCAGCGCAGAGGCAGCAGCAUCUCAAGAGGCAGAGGUCGGGAUUGAGGCGGAGGCCUCUCAGACGGAAGUCCCAGCUGCGGAAGGCUUCCGGUCAGCCGGUCUUCCUCGUCCGGAAGUGCUCGUCUUUGAGGAAGAGACCCAGGGACAUAACGCAAAAGGGCUACGAAAAGAAAAGGACACGUCUACUUCAGCAGUAUGCCUCGAAGCAGCUGGGAGGCCGGCUAGUACCUGGCGGGAUCGCUAGUCCCCCGGGAUCUGGCGGCUCGACCGGAAACACCGGGAACUCGAAUUCGGCGGCUGCGAGACGCGGCAAUCGCAGACUCACGCGCAAUGAGAGCCGCUAUCAUUCCGAGGUGCGGCAGGAGGCGGUACAGCAGGCUUUGGCAGCGAUGCAGGGCCGGCCAAAGCCGUCGUUGCCGAUGCCGUCGAAGAGAACCUCCGUGAUGGCCAGGAGCCCGGACCGGGAGCGCCGCGACAGCGGCGAGUCUAGCAGCGACGAGGACAGCGUGGUCACCGAGGAGAGUCCCGGUGCUGGUGGUCCGACGGGCACAGGACUGUCGGACACCAGCAGCACCGGUUCAGCGCGGGACACGCCCCCGCCCCCGAGACCACCGGCCAGGAGACCUCCUGGCGCGGACAUCACGGACAUCGCGGAGUACACGCCCCAUGCCUACUGCAACAUCCAGCCGCCGGACGUGACGCACACCAGCAACACGCCGGCCGCGCAGCAGUCGACCAGGCGGCCGGGCGCCGAUCGCGUGAACCGGUACCACGUGGUCGAGGAUCAGAACAACACCGGGACCACCGGCCGGUGGAAGGUGUCCGCGAAGAUCCAGCAGCUGCUGAACACGCUCAAGCGGCCGAAGCGGCGGCCGCUGCCCGAGUUCUACGAGGACGACGACAUCGAGCUCGAGAUCGCGGCCAACCCGAAGGACCCGAACGCGCCGAAGCCCGAGGGCGGAUCCAUGACCUCCGCGGUUGGCGAACCUGCCUCGGUGCCCGCGGGUUUGCCUAGGUCCCUGGAAGCCGCUAUACAAAGGUACGGCACGGCAACAUGCAAAGCGCCGGUCGCAACGGUCCUCGACCCGAACGGCAAGUUCUGCGUGACGCUGACCUACGGGAAGCUUUUAAGCCGUUCCCAUAAAAUAGCUUACACGUUGCUGAACAAGGCUCUGAGUCGCAGCGGCGAUUGCUGCCUGAAGCCCGGCGACAGAAUCGCUCUAGUUUACCCGAACAACGAUCCGAUAAGUUUCAUGUGCGCCUUCUACGGCUGCCUGCAAGCCGGCAUCGUACCUGUGCCGAUCGAGGUUCCUCUGACGCGUCGGGACGCCGGAUCGCAGCAGAUCGGCUUCCUCUUGGGAAGCUGCGGCAUUCAGGUGGCAUUGACCAGCGAAGCCUGUCUGAAAGGGCUGCCGAAAACCGCGGCCGGCGAAGUAGUGGCGUUCAAAGGCUGGCCGAAACUCCACUGGUUCGUGACAGGACACUUGGGCAAGACGCCCAAGGAUUGGCUACCUCCGCCUCGGUUAACCGACGACACCCCGGCGUACAUCGAGUACACGACCGACAAAGAUGGCUCGGUGAUGGGCGUGACGGUGACCAGGUCGGCGAUGCUGACGCACUGCCGCGCCCUGACGCAAGCCUGCGGCUACACGGAGGGAGAGAACGCGGUCUGCGUGCUGGACUUCAAGCGGGAGGUCGGUCUAUGGCACAGCACCCUGACCAGCGUGUUGAACGGGAUGCACGUCAUCUUCAUCCCGUACGCGCUGAUGAAAGUGAACCCCGCCAGCUGGAUGCAGAUGAUCACGAAGCACCGGGCCAGCGUGGCCGUGGUGAAGUCGCGAGACCUUCACUGGGGCCUCCUCGCCACCAAGGAUCACAAGGACAUCUCGCUGUCCUCGCUGAGGCUGCUGCUCGUGGCCGACGGGGCGAACCCCUGGUCCCUGUCCUCUUGCGACCAGUUCCUCUCGGUGUUCCAGUCCAAAGGAUUGAGACCUGACGCGGUGUGUCCCUGUGCAUCCUCCAGCGAAGCUUUGACCGUCUCGGUUAGGAGACCAGGCCGCGCUGGCGUCAAUGCUACUGGCCGAGGAGUGCUGUCCAUGUCCGGGCUCAGCUAUGGAGUCGUCAGGGUGGACCAGGAGAAUUCUCUCACUUCUCUCACGCUUCAGGACUGCGGCCAGGUCAUGCCUGGCAGUAUCGUGGUCGUGAUCAAAAUGGAGGGGCAGCCGUUCAUCUGCAAGACGGACGAGGUCGGCGAGAUCUGCGUGCACAGUUCAGCAACUGGGAACCAAUACUGGGGACUGCAAGGACUGACGAACAACACGUUCAAAGUGUCUCCGUUGCAAGCUGACAGCAGCCCGCUCGGCGACGUGGAGUACACUCGAUCGGGACUGCUGGGAUUCCUAGGUCCUGGCGGCCUCGUGUUCGUCUGUGGGUCGCGUGACGGCCUCAUGACGGUCACGGGAAGGAAGCAUAACGCGGACGAUAUCAUCGCCACGGUUCUGGCCGUGGAGCCUAUGAAGUUCAUUUACCGCGGGAGAAUAGCUGUGUUUAGCGUGCGGGUGUUGAGGGAUGAGAGAAUAUGCGUCGUUGCGGAACAACGACCAGAUUGCAGCGAAGAGGAAAGUUUCCAAUGGAUGUCGCGCGUCCUUCAAGCGGUAGACUCGAUCCACGCCGUUGGUAUCUACUGUCUAGCUCUGGUACCGCCUAAUUACCUGCCGAAGACGCCUCUGGGCGGUAUACACCUGUCCGAAACGAAACGACGUUUCUUAGAGGGUACCCUACACCCGGCUAAUGUUCUGCUUUGUCCGCACACUUGCGUUACCAAUCUACCGAAACCACGCGAGGUCCAUUCAGCGGGGGAUUCUGUUGCAGACGUUGGUCCGGCCAGUGUCAUGGUGGGCAACAUUGUUCAGGGUAAUAGACUGGCCUCCGCCCAAGGACGGGACAUGGGCGUCUUGGACGAGGACAGUGAUAACGCUAAAAAGUAUCAGUUCAUCUCGGAGAUCCUACGAUGGCGGGCAGUCAGCACCUCCGACCACGUGAUAUUCACGUCGUUGAACUCGAAGGGCGCGGUCGCUACCUCUUUGUCUUGCUCGCAGCUGCACAAGAAGGCCGAGCGGAUCGGGAAUCUCUUGUUGGAUCGCGGCCGGAUCAAUACCGGGGAUCAUGUGGCAUUAAUAUUUCCUCCUGGUACGGACCUGAUAUGCGCGUUUUACGGCUGCCUCUACGUUGGAGCCGUGCCAGUUACUAUCAGGCCGCCGCAUCCGCAAAAUCUCCAGACCACUUUGCCAACCGUUCGCAUGAUCGUGGACGUUAGUAAGUCGGUGCUCGUGCUCACCAAUCAGAAUAUCCUGAAACUCUUGAAAACAAAGGAGGCGAACAAUGUGGUCGAGAUAAAGAGCUGGCCGACGAUUCUCGAUAUGGACGACAUGCCAAAGAAGAAGCUACCUGUUAUGUAUCGAGCCCCGACUGCGGAGAUGUUAGCUUACUUGGACUUCAGUGUUUCCACCACGGGCAUGCUAGCAGGAAUAAAGAUGUCCCACGCGGCGGUGACGUCUCUGUGCCGUGCCAUGAAACUCGCCUGCGAGCUCUACCCUUCCAGGCAUAUCGCUCUCUGCUUGGACCCUUAUUCUGGCCUGGGAUUCGCUCUAUGGUGUUUGAGCAGUAUAUACAGUGGACACCAUUCUAUACUCAUACCGCCAUCAGAGGUGGAAACGAAUCCAGCGUUAUGGCUGUCCGCCGUCAGUCAGUCCAGAGUAAGAGACACUUUCUGUUCGUACGGCGUGAUGGAGCUAUGCACAAAGGGUCUAGGAUCUUCCGUUCACGCUCUGAAGGCGCGCGGCGUCAGUUUAGCCUGUGUGAGGACAUGCGUAGUAGUAGCCGAGGAAAGGCCACGGAUCGCCCUCACCUCGAGCUUCAGCAAGCUCUUCUCCGCUCUAGGACUCAGUCCUCGCGCUGUGUCGACCUCUUUCGGUUGCAGAGUGAACACAGCCAUCUGCUUACAAGGUGCAUCGAGUCCAGAACCGUCCACCGUGUACGUGGACCUCAGAGCUUUGCGCAACGACCGAGUGUCCUUGGUCGAGAGAGGCAGCCCUCACUCUCUGUGCCUGAUGGAAUCAGGGAAGCUGCUGCCCGGUGUCAAGGUGAUCAUCGCCAAUCCAGAGACAAAGGGGCAAUGCGGGGACUCCCACUUGGGCGAGAUUUGGGUGCAAUCCGCCCACAACGCGAGCGGGUAUUUCACGAUCUACGGCGACGAAAGCGACUACGCGGAUCACUUCAACGCUCGCCUCGUUACCGGGAGCACGAACGAGGUGUACGCGAGGACCGGUUAUCUCGGUUUCUUGAGGCGCACCGAGAGCGUUCAACAGUCGGUGAUCAGCGACGUGCCCGGCGACACAUCCGCGGCAGAGGCGGAUCUCGUCCCCGGCGACGCCGAGCUGCACGACGCAGUCUUUGUCGUCGGCGCUCUCGACGAGGCUAUUCUACUCAGGGGUAUGCGGUAUCAUCCGAUCGACAUAGAAAAUAGCGUAAUGAGGUGUCACAAGAAGAUAGCGGAAUGCGCCGUAUUCACAUGGACCAACCUGCUGGUAGUGGUGGUGGAGCUAGACGGUAGCGAGAGCGAGGCUCUGGAUCUCGUCGCUUUGGUGACCAGCGCCGUUCUCGAGGAGCAUCACCUGGUGGUGGGCGUGGUGGUCGUAGUGGAUCCCGGAGUGGUGCCGAUCAACUCGCGCGGCGAGAAGCAACGAAUGCACCUGCGGGACGGUUUCCUGGCGGACCAGCUCGACCCCAUCUACGUCGCAUACAAUAUGUGAGCGGUGUCGGAAUACCUGGCUGGUAUCGUACAUUCCAGUCGCGUUGUCUCCGCUCCUAGCUACCCCUGGCCGGAGGUCGCAAGCUGCAAUUCGAAUUCGUAUUCUUCCUCGAAGAAAACGGUCUCCCGUUGGGGAAGAAUCACCCGGAACGUAUCGCAAGGACUCUACGUAUUUCUCGAACGAACGUCGUCCCUAAACGGUUCGCGCUCUUCGCCCGAGAAGGGCGAACGAGCGCUAGGAUUCCUCGUCGCAUCAGCGCCGGUCGGAGGCUGAGGAAUUCCGUGACGGAUCAAGAACCGGAGUCACACGGUUACCAAAUGUUCACCGUUCACGCGACGAACUCCUGUAUCCAACAUGGAACAUCGAUCGCCACGCGUAACCGUCCCUGCACGGAUGAGUAAAUAAGGAGACGGAACAGGGAGGAGGACCGUCGAUUUUCAACGCGAGCUCGCGCGCAACGGAGAACAAUGAGAAACGAUCACGGAACAAUACGCACAGUGCAUUACCGAUGCUUGUAGAGGGUUAACGAGAGCUCACGCUCGCGUAACCGUUACGUACUUCUCACCAACGAAGCGUCCGCGGCGAUCCGCCGCGCCCUCGGACACGAAUCCUCGGAUAUCUCGAACACUCAGACUGCCAGAACAAAGCAUGCGCACAGCUUGGACCGUGCUUUUAUAUAACGUCGUAUUAUCUGACCGUCGGAGCAACGUCGGCUAGUAAUAUCACAUCGGUUGUUCGUCAACGACAUCGGAAACGGUAGUGAGCUUUUUUACCAGUGAGAGAAAACGAAACCGGAUACCGAAGAAGUUAUUUUAACGGGUGAACGGGGCGCCGACGAGCGCGCGCGUUACGCCGUGCCUCGGGUAGGACCGUCGUUCCCGCGAGUACUAUAUUCAUGUAUACAACUGUCUCUGGUGUCUGUUAGAGAAAAAUGGGGAGCGGGGGGGACAAAAAGAAGGGAGGAAAGAGAGGAAUGAAUUUGAUACACUUUUGUCGUAGACCCGUGGUAGCUUAACGGAUUUUUUACUACGUAAAGAGUAACGAUUAGCCAACGUAAUCUAUAUUCUAUCGUAACGUGAAAAGUUUUAACUGUCGACAGUUUUUUCUAAUGUAUCGCCGCUGAAAGACACACACACACACACAUAUACAUACACAGAGAACAGA